AGUUGUAUUGUUCUUUGUUCACGUCUCUUUGUGGGGAAGUGGCAACCUCCAGCGUGCAGCUGGAUGGGGACAGCAGCUAUUCUUACUUGGAGGAGUGAGUUUCUGUUCAGCUUUUCACUUCUCACUACGCGGCCCAUCCUAAUUCGGAUAAUCGGGAACAAAAAUAAAUAUUUUUUCUAUCUUGAAGUACCAAACAGAUGGCAGAUUCAAGAAACUGAAGAAGUUUAAGAAGGUGGAAGGAAAGACACCGAGAACAGAGUAAAGAUGGCGGCUUUGGUUACUGGUCUGGCCCGACUCUUUCAGCCAACUAUGAUGCUCCCUGGAGGAAAAUCUGAUGGUCUUGGCCUGGCCCCAUGGUACCUCCUCCUGGGCCUACGCUUGGUGGCCCUCCUCCUAGCCAAUGACCCCUGGUCCUCUGCAAAGGCAGACCUGGUCUGUAACUGGACGAAGGCAACAAUGGAGGAACAUCUUCAGCCUUUUUGUCAAGCCCUCUGCUUCAACCAGCACUUCUCUUCUCCCACCUCUUCAGCCUGGGGCCUUGGUUUUCUGCUUGGCCUGUUCCCCGUGGGGCUUAUGGGGCUCAUAAGGGUUGUAUCCAAGCACCAGAAAAAAGCUGCAAGGGAAGCAGACCCUGAUGGUGUCAAUUAUGCCAUGGUGGCUGCAGAACCGCACCCAUCUCUCAAAGAAGCCACCUUAGAAAGAAACAUAGCUCCAUCCGAUGCCAAGUCUUCUUCUCCAUCUACCUGGCACUUAGCAGCCUUUGCUUGUCUGGUGAUUCUUCUCCUGGUAAUGGAGCUGGUUUUCCUCUGGGUUGUAAUUGCUCUUCAGAUUCCGUUGGUGUCUGAAAUGACCUUCCGGUGCCUUCUGGGGGGACAGGCCUGUCCCCCAAUUCUUGAGUGUGCCAUGCUGGGCCAAGUAGACAAGCAGGUGGCCUUGUGGGGAUUGAUCUUCACAGCCCUUGUCAACGUGGUUGUUUGUCUGUCCUGCCUCCUCUUAAGACUUGUGAAGAUUUCCCGGUGCCGCCAGUGAUAUGUGUGAAGAGUGACACCUGCAAAAAAUCCUUCUACUAGCUGCCUCCAAAACCUGCCUUUUCAGGUUCUGUAUUUUCAAGAAUAGUAUUCCUUGUCCUUUCCUUGCCAUUUUCCAUCUUCUUUCAUGAGCUAUCUUUUAAGAAAAAUGUAAUUGAGAUUUAAAAUAUAUGAAUGGUUAGAUUUUUUUACUAGAUGUGUUAAAUUUUGGAAUGUUCUGGACAAAUAAACCUAAUAGGAAAACA